CAAGCUGCUUUUGAUUCAAUCAGGUUUUUAUAUGUGAACAAAAGUUAUACACUAGAGCACAACUGAGUCAGCAUAUAAAGACUGGCGAUUCUGAGGUGGAUGGAACUGAAAGUGAAAGAGGUGGUUUCAUGGGGCAUCCUCUGUGUGAAUUCUGCAAGACGCCUUUUUACGGGGAUAAUGAGCUGUACACGCACAUGUCCACUGAACAUUAUACUUGUCAUAUCUGCCAAAGGCAGAAUCCAGGACAAUUUGAGUAUUACAAGAAUUAUGACGACUUGGAGGUGCACUUCCGCCGAGAUCAUUUCUUGUGCGAGGAUGAGGCAUGCCUCGCCAAAAAGUUCAUUGUCUUCCAAUUUGAACCUGAAUUGAAGAAGCACAACGCUUUAGAGCAUGGAGGCCGUAUGUCUCGUUCACAGCGUAGUGCUGCUCUUCAGAUACCUAUCAGUUUUCGAUAUCGGCGAAGUAAUGAACAGGAUAAUCGGCGUGGAAGGGGACGUAACUUCCAUCGUGAUACUUCUGAUAAUGAACUCUCUAUGGCAAUCCAAGCAAGUCUACAGACAGCCAGUUCAGAUGGUAGAUUUCAUGUCACAUCGUCUAGUUCCAAUGCAGGUGCUGAUCAUGGAGACAUUAGUGAUGUUGAGUCUCUUAUUCCACCUCUUGAAUCUUUAGCUACCGCUGAUGCUGAGCCAACUUCAAGAUACCUUCAAGCCGUGUCACAGAUAACAAGAAAUUCUACACUCGAGUCUUUGUUUCCUCCACUCUCUAUGGCUCCAGGAGGUGGUCAACAAGACUCUCAACCAGAUAUUUUACACAAGAACACUAUGGCUGCACAACUCCGACGUCAGAGCAAUAGAAAAAUCAAUGCAUCUAGUUCUGCUGUGCCUUGGUCAGCUGCGAGCCGUACCCCUGCCCAACCAGCUAUUACUUCAAAUGCAUGGCCUGCGAUAGAUACUGGUUCUAGGUCAGCAUCUAGCUCCGGCAAGUCUAAACAAGCACCAGCACGUGUGAAACCAACAGUUAAUCCUCAUGCUUGGCCUGCGCUAAAUUCUGCUUCUGGUUCAGCAUCUAGCUCUGGCCGUGCUAUGGAAAAUGGAGCGGCUUUAUCUAGUCAUUCAAGUUCUGCUCAAGCACGACCCUUGUCAAUUCACGAUUCAUCAUUUGCAGGUUCUUUAAGUUCAUCCAAGAAUAGUGGGAACACAAAUCUGAUCAGUCAUUCCACAUCAGCCCCUAAUCUUUCUCAGAGGGUAUCUUUUGACUCUUCCUAUUCUGGUUUCCCUCCAGUUUCUGUAGCUCACCCUAGCAAGAAACCUGCGAGUGACCAAGCUGUUUUGAAGGUGGAAGACGUUCACAGUGCAAACAAAUCUUUGGUGGAGAAAAUGCGUGCUGCUCUAGGGUUUGACGAGGAGAAAUACACUGCUUUUAAAAUGAUAUCCAGUGAAUUUCGUCAAGAUUUAAUGGACACUGAAACAUAUCUAGCUUGUGUGGAACAGUUUGGUUUGUCGCAUCUUGUUCUAGACUUGACUAGACUCCUUCCUGAUGCUCGAAAGCAGAGAGAGUUGAUUGAUACGUACAAUGCUAAUAUGAAAUACAACGCUUCAAGAGAGAAUGUUUAUAGUAGUAGUGGUAUUAGCUUGAAAGAUGGUAAUAGUUCUAAGAAAGGUAAAGGCAAAGGCAAAGGCAAAGCUUUAGAUUCUGGAAAGAGCAUUUCACAAAAUAACUUAGCAGACAACUUUGUUAGCACUGUAAAAGAACUGCAGUCGAGCAACAAGCCUUCAGAUGAAGAUGUAGAAGUGUUGUCUAAGGAUGAGUAUCGAGCUCGAAAAGGCAAAUCAAACAUGGUGAUUGACGACUCACGAGCUGAAUUGAGAGGAUCGAGCGAAUCUAUAAAGCAGAAAAGCAAGAACAACUCUACGUCAGCUGGUGGUAUGUCCAAUCAAAAUUCAGGAAAUGGUAAUGGAAAAGGUAAACAACAGAAAAAAACCUCGAAGUUCCACAGAAACCGCCUAGGUGAUGGCUCUGCCGAAGCAUUCUUGGAUCAUAAAAAUUCGGAUCCUGAUUCAGAUUCUGACCUAAAUCAGAGGAAGGCAGCCUCAGACAAGCAGGAUAAUGCUUCGGAAGGUUUGCCUGUGCAUGGCGUUUGGCGAAAUGGUGGAGGUCAGAGGCUUUUGGCAGUUCCGUCGAAAGGGACGAAAAUUUGAAGCGAAAGGAGAUAAGUUUUGAGGAACUGAAAGUAAUUUGAAGUCUCCAUCUGUUGGUUUGACGACUUUCUAAGUUGAGCUAGCUUUUUUGAUGAGUUGCUUCUGCAGUAAUUUGAAGUCCAAGUUAAAACAGUUUUUGCCGAAUGCUGCUGGGGUUUCCCCUUUUGACAAAGGUCCAUGUUUUUACGCCCUGUUCAUGUACAUGUAUUUUUUCUACUGAAGUCUUCAAUCUAAAGGUGCAGGGAUGGUUGCCAUAGAAUGACGGAUUAUCAGUUCUAAGCUUUUAGGUGUUCUCAACUGUGUUGAAACACUGCAUGUGUGGGAAUUUCCACAGUAUCGUAUUUAUAUGAAAUUGUAUAUUAUAAUGAAUCUUGGAACUUUUUGUUUCUUGAAUGAAUUCAAAUGAUGCUCAGAUUACCCGUCUGAUUUGCUGUGAA